AUUUCACCCAUUCUUUGGAUUUCCUCCUAGUGGAUCUAAGUGAUCGAAGAGGCGCGCUCUCUCGCCCCCCCUCCCCCGCUUCCUGCAGCGCCAGCUUUCCCGCUCGCUCGCGCUGCUGGGUCUACCGCCGCCCCAGACCAAGAGACGCCGGGAGCGGAAGACGCUCGGCUGGGAUGGCAGCCGGCGCAGCGCGGGGCUGAAGCCGGACAGGCCCCCGCCAUGGCCAAGCAAUACGACGUGCUCUUUCGUCUGCUGCUCAUCGGGGACUCCGGCGUGGGCAAGACCUGCUUGCUGUGCCGCUUCACCGACAACGAGUUCCACCCUUCGCACAUCUCCACCAUCGGAGUUGAUUUUAAAAUGAAGACUAUAGAAGUAGAUGGAAUUAAGGUCCGAAUACAGAUCUGGGAUACUGCAGGUCAGGAGCGAUACCAAACAAUCACUAAACAGUACUACAGGCGUGCCCAGGGGAUAUUUUUGGUUUACGACAUUAGCAGUGAGCGUUCAUAUCAGCACAUAAUGAAAUGGGCCAGUGAUGUGGAUGAGUAUGCUCCAGAUGGCGUCCAGAAGAUCCUCAUUGGGAAUAAAGCAGAUGAGGAGGAGAAGAGGCAAGUGGGCCGAGAGCAAGGCCUCCAGCUAGCUAAGGAGUAUGGCAUGGAUUUUUAUGAAACAAGUGCCUGUACCAACUUGAACAUCAAAGAGUCUUUCACUCGUCUGACAGAGCUGGUCCUGCAGGCUCACAAGAAGGAACUGGAAGGACUCCGCACUUAUGCAGCUGAUGAACUGAAUCUGGUCGAGCUGGAAGAAGAAGCAAGCAAGCCGGAGGGCUCAGAGCAUUCUCCCAAGGCCUGCUGGUGUUGAAAGCUUCCCAGUGUCCUUUUCCCCAUGCCCCCAGCGCAGGUAGAAAAGCUGCCACUUAGAGAGGGCUGACUCACUGUCCUCUAUCCGUCUUGUCUUUGGUUGCCAGUCUGCCCGCCAUCUGCCCUGGUGGAUCCUCUUUGCAUUUCCUGGUGUUUUUCCUUGAUUGGUGGUUUCUGUUGCCCCAAAGCUCCCUGGAUCCAGAUACCUUCAGAUGGCUCACAAUAUGCAGAACAUGACCCUGCUAUCUUCAUGGAAGAGCUGUGGUUAGCAAUCAUGGCUGUGGCUUGUCCAAUAAUUCAUCUGACUCCAGAUGCUCUGAAGCCUUGCCUGUUUCUGUGGAUAGCCUGCCUGAGGCUAGGCCUGUUCCCUAAGAGUGGGAGAAGAAGUCUCUCUGUUCCAUUCACUGUCCUCCAGGCCCGUCCUCUGUAGCAGGUCCAUAGAUGGCUUUUUAGUCUUUUCCCCCACAUGCUUGGCCAUCUCAUUUCUGGAUCUGUCCUGAUGCUUGUUCAGCAUUGUGCUCAGGCCUGGGGCUUUCCGGCUGCCUUAGCUGCAGCUUGCUUAUUCAUACUGGGUUCCCUGAAAUUCAUCUCAGCAGAAAACAAAACAAAGACCUCUUGUUCUGUUCAGUUGCAGCACUGGGAGUAAGAAGAAUCUAUCCCUAAAGAAAAGGGGCCAUGUGGUUAAAUUUGCACCUCUAGCUGUUAUGAGAGAAGAAAGUUUGCCUCUUCCCAGACUAGAUUUCCAUUCUAGAAUACUUUAGAGCCCUGUGUUAUAGGGCAACCAGGAAAGAGCCUUUCCUGUGAUUUGCUCCAAAACAUUUAAGAAACUUUCCAUCCUGUGUAUUUUGGGAGGAGGAGGAUCUCGGUCAAUCAGGUACCCACCUAAGUUAAUCUCUCUGGACCAGUGGAAGCAGAAAUUCCACUCUCGGUGGCAUGUGUCCAGACCUGGCUUUGGCAGCCUCCUUUAAAUGAUUUCCCCACUAUCUGCUGGGGCUCUAAUCAAGGAACAGAUGCUGUAAUCUGUGCAUCAGACCAUCAUUUCUUGCCAUCAAGGUCCAGCUUGUAAGAAGUUGUUCCAGACCCAUUUAUGUCUUCUCUCUAGAAUUUUCUCUGCAAGCUCCUGAAUUAUAAUCUAAUACAUCUCAGAGGGCAGGGAGGAUUUUUGCCAUGUGCUGCUAACAUGCUCAGUUAAACAGACUAAAACCAACCCCUCUGCAUGUUGCAUCAGCAUCCUCCUCUUGUCUUGGCAUUGACUUGCUUGAUGGGGGAAGCCUAAUAUUCAGUGGCAUGCCUGGUACUCUAUAUGCCUGCCUGUUCCAGGAUAGCAGCUCCUUGUGUGCCAAAACCACGGGGCUGCCAAGAUACCUCUCAUAUAUGUACUAGAAGUGGACCACAACUGCUAAUCCAUAAAGAGCAGUUGUUUACUGGAGGCUUUGGGGUGAUACGGAAUGAUAGUUUGGGGACUGUUCUUUACUUGGCCUUUAGCGGACGGUUUUGCCAAAGCCCUUCAGUCCAUUGCAAAUGGCUAUUGUGGCAUUUGCUGCUAGUUAAACUGUCCCUUUCUAACAAAGGCUGGAUGACAGAUGGACCUAUAUUCCUUUGCUCUUCUCCUCCUCCUAUAUAUUGGAACUGACUGUUUCACUCAGGCAAGGAAAGGGGGAGAGCAGUAUCAAGUAGUGAAAGACAGGAACAAUUAGAAUACCAUAGAGUGGAAAUAAUGUUGGUGACACGAUGUAAGUCAAUAACAAGGAACUUGUGGUCCUCUAGAUGUUACUGAAUGGGAGUUCCAAGCAUCCCUGUUUGUGCCAGCUGAGGUUCCUGGGACAGUUCAGCACCUGGAUGGUCAUAAGUCCCCCUCUCCAAUCUAAAUGUUUUGCCCUGAAAGCAGAGGGCCUUGAAGCUCUGAAAAAGCUCUCUUUUACCAGUGUGUUAUUUUCAAAUAGCUAGUUUGACCUCUUUCCUUGGGUUGGAUGGAUUUGAACCGGUAUCAAGCCAUUACAAUAAGUGAAAACACUGGCGUUCUACCCAACAGUGCCUGUUCCUGGCAGAGGGACUCUUGUGCUACAGAUUACUGAGGGGGGCUACAAGACUGAUCGUGGCUGGUUUCACAGGGGAGCCACUUCUUGCCAGAACUAGUUUGACACUAGAGAAAUUGUAGAAACAGACAUACACAUAGCUAUUAAUUUAUUGUAGCUUUAUUAGGACCCAAAGUAUGUUUUAAAGGUCAGAAUACAGUGAGGAGGGUCUGAGAACCUAGAAGUCUGUCAAGGGAGAGGAAAAAGGAAAAGACUGAAGAAAAUGGGUUAUUUUUAUUUGAAUGUAUCUUUUCAAAGCCAAAACAUUAUUGGGUCACUUCUUUGGAGCAUUAGUUGCUCUUAGUUGCUUUUGUCUGAAUAAUGAGUUUGAAAAGUUAAAUGAAGGCUGAAGGCCAGUUCAUAUGUACUCACUGCCCAAGGCCUGAUGACUAUCCUUCCCCUGCUCAAUUCUUUCCUGCCUUAAUGGUGAACAGGUUCAUCUUUGGUGAGUACAAUUAGCAGUUUUUAAAGACUGCUUCUAAACCUCCACUAUGGGAGGGUUAUGUGGGAUGAGAUAUGUUACAGCACCCAUUUACCACAUGCUCAGGACAGUCAGAGAUGGGAAUAAAGCAAAGCAAAAACCCAGAUAGUAGCUAGCUAGCUGGCUGCUGAAAUAUGUGAAGCAGUUCCUGGUUCUUUAAAACUUGCAAUAUGCUGCUUUCAAGAAAGCCUGCCUGAAAUUAUGAAGGAGAGGUACAGUAUGUCACUGAAGGGAUUGGGCAGCGCUUCAGAUUGCCAAAGCUUUCAAGACCCAAGUCCUGCAAGCCCACAUGGAAAGAUCAAAGCAUUGGUCCUUGGGGAGAUCCAUGGAAUGUCUCCAGUAGCCAUUCCUGCCUGUUGCAGUUUAGCAUCAUGUUGAUCUACUUGCUCUGUUUAGGAACUGAGAACAUAGCUGCUGAUGCUGCUACCAAUGCACAAAAUUGACCCCACAUUAAAUUCUUUAUGUUCAGAAAGUGAGACAAGAGAAGGAGCAGAUGAUGCUUUUGGCCCAUUGAUGGAGGUACAUGAGUUCUCAUUACCUAGACAAGCAGGAGUUCUUUCUAGCAUUUCGCUACUUAAGAGUUGUUGGUGAAUCUUCUAGUUUGCAACCCUGAGCAAAGUAAGUCAUGUUUUUAGCAUCUGGGCAUGGGUAGGCAACCAGAUGUCAUUUGAUGGGAGUACAAAGCCCAUCAGCCCUAGCCAGCAUGAUUGCCAAACCCUGGUUUGGAAGAUUGCAUUCUGAGUUGCUGAUGACUUGUUGACAGCAAAUGUCUCCCACUCAGUAUCAGUCUUUUUGGGGCAGAUUAGAAUGGUGCUCCCUUGAGAUCACAAAAGUGGGUUUCAGGCCAAUAUCUGAGAAGGGAAAUGAGUGGAUCCUGACAAUGUAAUGCUAUCCAGUAUUCUGAAGCUCCUUCUGUCCUGCAAGUCAUGGGCCACAGCAACUUCUCUGUCUGUAGCAGAAAGAGUUGCACAUAAUUUGUCACAGGAUCCAGCCAAACGUACAACUUUCUGAAUCCUCUGCUGUGUCUGUACUUUGUGAACUUUGCACUCUGACUGGGUUUCCUUGUAUAACCUGUCAUUGUAAUUCAUUACUUUAAACAACAAAUUAACAAAACAUUUACAAAUAAAUAUUCUCAGAGUGG